CCUCCAGUAAUAAACGUGCAGUAGCUGGACGCUUUCACGCACUCUUUAAUGCGGAAAUAUGAUGAGCCUCAGUAUUGGCGGGCGAAGAAAUAAAAACAAUUGCAGGGAGAUUUCAAGUUAAGUUGACAUUCCUCCCCCGCAUCCCAGUGAUAACAGUGGCGUGCUUUCACUGCAAUGCCGGAUACAGUGUCGGUCAGUGGCAGGGAGGACGCCCCAGUACUAUCCAAGGUGGAGAUGGCGGAUGACAAGUGUGUGGAGGCGGUGGAGGGUGAGGUGACAGAGGCAGGCCAGGACACCCCUGCCCCCAGGCCGGUGUUCCUGGUGCCUGCGCUGGAUGACGCUCAGCAGCGCCAGCAAGUUCUCACAAAGGUCCAGGAGUUUCUUGUUACAGAGUGCCCCGAGUCACCUGGUGUAGUGACAUACGUGGCACAGGUGGGCUGGGAGGAGGCAGGACAGGUACACAGCCUCACCUCCCACCUGCUGUCUGCCUGCCGCGCCCACCACCUGCUGCCCUCCGAGCGUUGCAUCCUGCUGUCCCUGCAAGACCAGUACCAGGCCAUACAGCUGUGCCUCGCCAGGAUCAACAAGCAGAGACGAGGGGAGUUUAUGGCAGCAGCGAGUGAUGUGCUGGAUGUGUGGAAUGCCCUGUACAGAGAGACGGUGGGGGCAGGAGAGGGAGAGGCUGGGUCUGGUCACCAAGAGGCAGAGGGAGAGACAGAAACACUGGAGGAGCUGAACCACCUGAGGGCCAGCCAGGACAGCCAUGACCCAGUGCAGCGGGAGAUAGAGGAGGUGAAGAAGGCGUACCGGGAGUUCCUGUCCGACUCCCUGUGUGUGGACCACUUCAGGGUGUUCGAAUGUGUGCGCUGCCUCCUCAGGGACGACCCAGCGCUCUUCAGGAAGGUGUUCUGCAAGGUAUACAUCAUUGAGGGCCUGGAGGAGCUGCCCUUGAUGGAGAGAGCACUACUGAAGCUCAUCUCCAAGGACUCCAGAGUGUACCGAGUGAGCACUGAGCUGCCCUUCCCUGACGCCGCUCCUCACUCUCCUUCCGCCCUUGACAUAUCCGGCAUCCACGAGACCACCAUCCUUCAGACACCUUGCAGACACGAGGAGAAGCAAGCAGACCAGACUGAUGGAGUGCCACAAGGUUCCAUGGACACAGUUAGCACACAGACACCCUCACAGACAACAGAGAGGACAGCAGAUGAUCAAAACGAAAUGGCCACCCCAAGAAAGAGAGCACCAACAACAGAGGAAGAUGACAGCAAUAACAUGGAUACUACAGACAAAAUAGCAUCACAAGAGGAAAGCAAGGACAGCAACAAGGAUGAACAAGCAGUAACACAAGAAGAAAAGGGAGAAUGCGAGAACACAACCACCCCAACAAAACCAUCAACACAAGAGGAAAACAGCAAUACCAAGAACUCAAGCACUACUAGAAACACAGAAAAACAAAUGAAAAGCGAAAACGACAACACAAACACACCAGCAAAACCAGCAACACAAGAGGAACACAGCAAUACCAAGACCUUACCCACUCCUAGCAACACAGAAAAACAAACCAAAAGCGAAAAUGACAACACCCUCACCCCAGAGAAACCAAGAACACAACCUUCAACAAUGGCUAUACAGGUGGAGGGAGUGGAAGAGACCCUGGCGGAGGUGGUUGAUGGGGCGCCUCGCUACCCUGCCAGAGCCACGGUUAACAGCGAGUCCGAGACAUACGUUGAACGGCUCUUCCUGGCUCACGUGCGGCUCAUGAUCAACACAAGGGAUGAGCUGGCCCUUACCUUGGCCUGCAGCAUGCCUGGGAGGGAGAUCAGUCAGCAGGGCUUCACGGACAUCAGGCAGGAGGCCCAGCGGAAGGAGAUGCCCAUGUACCAGACCAUUGUGUCGUUUAUCCUGCGGCAGCGUCUGGGCGGCAAGGGGUACCAGCCGGAGCCCGACAACCCUGUGCUCGCCCACUCCAAACCUCUCGGGGAGUUUGUGGACGCACUCAUGAAGCUUCAGAGUACGCUGGAGGCACAGACAGACCCAAGGCAAGGUGCAGCUCGUGUUUUGUGUGGCAUCAAGACCAGCCUGGGCAAGAUGAAGGGCUGCAUGCUGAAACGCAGGAUGAUUGAGGCCGUUGCUGACCACCUUUGUGCUGCCCUUGAUCAACUGGUGGAGGCCGCAGAGAGGGACAAGAAUGCCUCUGCUGACAAGGAUGGUUCGGAGUGUGCCAAACCCAGCAAGCUUCAACCCUCUCUUAAGCACCUCAUCCGCCUGUGUGAUGCGGCUGGGGGGCAGGCAUACGGCGGCGGGGUGGUGGAUGCGCUGGGCGGCGACCUCCUCACACAACUCAGCAGCUCCAAGAAGACAACAAAAACACCUCUCAAGGUCCCAUCAGUCCUCACACUCUUCAGGUCACCAGCAGUAAUUUAUGAGAAGGGAGAAGAGGAAGAAGAGGAAGAUCUAGAGACAAGACUUAAGAGGAAGAUGGGACAAUCAGUAACUGCUCCUGCACAGCCAAAGAGGUUCAAGUCGGCAUGCUCCUGGGCGCCCAUCAACAUGUCCCCCAUCGAUGCCGAUAAGCUCAACCUCUCCUUCAGCUCGCCCAUCGCUGGUCCGUCCCUCAAGGCCAUGGGCAAGGCAGCCAAGCGCCCCUCAGAGGACUGGAGGGAGAUUGUGGCAGAAGUAACACAGGAGGAAGAGUCAGUCCCUACCACGAGUAAAACAGCCUCCCCUGCACCCAAGCCAGACAAGAAAGACAACGGCAAACCCAAGAAGAGCAAGAGGUCACUACUGAAGGACAUUUCCAACAUGGGUACUGAAGAUGAGGAGACGAAGAGCAAGAAGAAGCCGGCAGUGGAGGAGAAGGGAGCCAAGAAGAAGAAAGAACCCAAGGCGAAGAAGGAACCCAAGAUGAAGCCACUCCUCAAGGGACAAAGAUCCAUCACCUCAUUCUUCAAGACCUGAGUGUGGAGUGACUGUGUGCAUGUGUGUGUUGGGUGAAGGUUUCAAUGGGUUCUGGGGUUGUGUGUCUGAUGCUGUAGCCCAUUUUCACUGCAUAUUUACCUGUGAAAUGCAGAAUGUCAGGGUAUGUGUGUGUGUGUGCAGGGGGGUCGCACAACAUUUUUAACUGGUUGCAGUGAUAGUUUUAUACAUGUUUUCAGCAUGUAGACGUCCUUAAAACAGGUUCUUAUGUGUGUCUAAUAGGGAAGGAGGAGAAAGGAAAUGUGGAUGUAUUGGUGUUAGUACAUUUUCCACCAGUUUCACUCAAAGGCUUUGUCAGAGGGAAGGAGGUGGUUCAGGUGU